CCACUGCCACUUUUGUCUGUCACCCUGUGCUGCUGUGGUUUCAGAUACCAACUCUCUCCUCUCACACACACACACUCUUAUUAUUAUUAUUAUUAUUUUCUUUUUUUAAAUACACACACAUUCACACUCUCUCUCUUGAGCCUGCCCAUUAUCAUGGGUUUCCGUAUAAAUUUUGUCAGAGACAAUAGCUGCCAUAAAGGCAGCAUAGUUGCAGCAGAUGCAUCAGUGUUUGCAGUCUGCACAAGACACACACCAUCUCUAUAAUAAAGGGUUUGUUCUGCUUUUCAAUUUCUUUAUCUGUCUUUACCCCUCAAGCACCCAAAUUCAACUUCUUCUUCUUUUUUCUCUUUUUUGAGGUUAAUUUCAGCCUGGGCAACCAAAUUCUCAAGAAUCAAGAUGAUGAGUACAACAGCAGGUGAAGGUGUAAGGAAUCAUAGUGGAAGGUAUCCCUUCACAGCCACUCAAUGGCAAGAACUUGAACAUCAAGCACUUGUUUACAAAUACAUGAUCUCUGGUAUGCCUAUCCCCCCUGAUCUGCUUUUCACCAUCAAAACAAGUCUAGAUUCUUCUACAAAGCUCCUCCUUCACCACCAGCCACCUCAUCCCUCCUCAAUUGGAUGGAACUGCUUCCAGAUGGGAUUUGGGAGAAAAAUAGAUCCAGAACCAGGAAGAUGCAGAAGAACAGAUGGUAAGAAAUGGAGGUGUUCAAAAGAAGCCUAUCCUGAUUCAAAAUACUGUGAAAGGCACAUGCACAGAGGCAGAAACCGUUCAAGAAAGCCUGUGGAAGUCAACAUGUCGUCAACACCAACACCCAAAACACCACCAACCGCCAUUCCAAUGAUCCCAUCUUCCAUCUGUACCAAAUCCCCAAAUUACCCUUCUCCCAAUUCACAUCCACUCUCUUCUUCUUCUUCUGACUAUUACCAUAAUAAUAACACCACCCACCUUCCAUCUUAUUCUAGACCUUCUUCUAAUGUUUUCACACAAGACCACUUCUUGUUGGAUUCUAGCCCAUACAUGAGCAGAAAGGGGUAUGGGAUGAAAGAGGUGAUAGAUGAGCACUCAUUUUUCUCAGAAUCUUCUGGAACCAUCAAGACUGAUUCUUGGCAAUUGGAACCACUGGCUAUGAACAAUUCAUCCUCAAAGCAAACAACUUUUUCUGAUUAUCAUCAAAACAGAUACUCAUAUCAACAACAGCAAGAUCCAGGCUAUUAUGAUCAACAACUGGCUUUGAAAAUUGACAGAAAUGAUGAACCCCAGAAAGUAAUGCACCAUUUCUUUGAUGAAUGGCCACCAAAUGAUGAUAAUAACAAAGAUUCUUCUUCCACUACUCAGCUCUCAAUAUCCAUCCCCAGUUCUGCUCGUGAUUUCUUCCUCUCACAUAAUGCUGGUGAUAAAUGAGGGUAAAGGGUUGUUGAAACAGUUACCAAAGAAGCACUUCACUUGGUUAACAGUAUCUAGUAAUGAGAGCUUUUGCUGUGUUUACAUUUUUUUUUUUUAAUUUUUAGUUUGUUUUGUCUUUUUCUGAUUGAGUUGGGUCAAUCAAAUCUCUGAAAUUUUUGCAGCAUAUUUUGUAUGUUUGCUGAAGUAGAUUGACAUCUUGAAUAUAUAAAUAUUUGGUUUUUCUUUUU